AUGGCAGCUCCCAGCCUCCUCGCCGUCCUCCUCUUGCCGCUCGUUCUAACGGGUUCAGCGGCGGCGAGCAGCAGCAGCAGCAGCAAUAAUGUCAGCUUCGACUCGGCGGCGCUGGCCUUCUCCGACCUGACGCUGCUGGGGGACUCGUUCCUGCGCAACGGCUCCGUCGGCCUCACGCGCGACACCGGCGUGCCGUCCUCCUCCGCCGGCAGCGUGCUCUGCAGCCGCGCCGUCGCGUUCGGCACCGGCGCUGCGGCGGCGGCGGCGUCGUUCGCGGCCAGGUUCUCCUUCGUCAUCGCCAACCAGAACGCCGGCUCCACCGGCGGCGAUGGCAUCGCCUUCUUCAUCUCCCCCGACCGCGCCACGCUCGGCGCCACCGGAGGCUACCUCGGCCUCUUCAACUCCUCCUCCUCCUUCUCCUCCUCCUCCUCUGCCGCCAGGAGCAGCAACGACUCCGCCGCCAUCGUCGCCGUUGAGUUUGAUACGAUGCUGAACGAGGAGUUCGGCGACCCGAGCGGCAACCACGUCGGGCUGGACCUCGGCUCGCCGAUGUCCAUCAACGCCGUCGACCUCGCCGCGUUCGGCGUCGUCCUCAACAGCGGCAACCUCACCACGGCGUGGAUCGACUACCACGGCGGCGACCACCAGCUCCAGGUGUCGCUCAGCUACUCCGGCGCCAAGCCGACGCGACCUGUCCUCUCCGUCGCCGUCGACCUCUCGCCGUAUCUCAGGGACGCCAUGUACGUCGGCUUCUCGGCGUCCACGGAGGGGAGCACGCAGCAGCAUACCAUCAAGGAAUGGACCUUCCAGACGUUCGGUUUCCCGUCGGCGACCAACUCCUCCUCCUCUUUUUCCAACGCCACCAGCAACGCGUCCGUCCCCGGCGAGGCGACCGCCGGUGGCGCCGCCUCCCGCAAGAAGAGGUUCGGGCUAGCCGUGAGCAUCCUCGGCCCCGUCGCCCUCGCCGUGUCGUUCGUCUUCUUCGCCUGGGUGUCCAUCAAGAAGCUGAUAGAGCUCACCUCCCGGAAGCAUGCCGGCAUCCUGCCGGAGCUGGUCAAGGGGCCGAGGAAGUUCAGCUACAAGGAACUCAGCGCCGCGACCAGGGGAUUCCACGCGAGCAGGGUGAUCGGCAAAGGCGCGUUCGGGACGGUGUACAAGGCGGCGAUGCCGGCGGGGACGGCCGCCGCAUCAUCCGCCGGCGCAACAGCCUACUACGCCGUGAAGCGGUCGACGCAGGCGCACCAGAGCCGGAGCGAGUUCGUCGCCGAGCUCUCCGUCAUCGCCUGCCUCCGGCACAAGAACCUGGUCCAGCUGGUGGGGUGGUGCGACGACAAGGGCGAGCUGCUGCUGGUGUACGAGUACAUGCCCAACGGCAGCCUGGACAAGGCGCUCUACGGCGAGCCGUGCACGCUGUCGUGGCCGGAGCGGUACACGGUGGCGGCCGGCAUCGCGUCGGUGCUGUCCUACCUCCACCAGGAGUGCGAGCAGCGGGUGAUCCACCGCGACAUCAAGACCAGCAACGUCCUGCUCGACGGCAACCUCAGCGCGCGCCUCGGCGACUUCGGCCUCGCCCGCCUCAUGGACCACAACAAGAGCCCCGUCUCCACGCUCACCGCCGGCACCAUGGGCUACCUCGCGCCGGAGUACCUCCAGUCCGGCAAGGCCACCGAGCAGACCGACGUCUUCAGCUACGGCGUCGUGCUGCUCGAGGUGUGCUGCGGCCGCCGCCCCAUCGACAAGGACGACGCCGGCGGCAAGAACGUCAACCUCGUCGACUGGGUGUGGCGCCUCCACGGCGAGGACCGCCUCAUCGACGCCGCCGACCCGCGCCUCUCCGGCGGCUUCGACCGCGACGAGAUGCUCCGGCUGCUGCUCGUCGGGCUGAGCUGCGCGAACCCCAACUGCGACGAGCGGCCGGCGAUGCGGCGCGUGGUGCAGAUACUGAACCGCGAGGCCGAGCCGGUGCCCGUGCCGAGGAAGAAGCCGCUGCUGGUGUUCAGCUCUACCGCGUCGAUGAAGCUGCAGGAGAUCGCCUUUGCCUGCGGCGAUGAGGUCCGCGGUGGCCUCCCGGCGGCGGCGGCCACGUCCCCGAAGUCUGACGGCGGCGGCGACAUAGAACGCUGACACUGAUCAUCACUGAAGCAGAGGAAGGGCUAAUACCGCGUAUGAAUUACUACUACUAGUGUGAUUCUUAUACACGAAUGAAUGAUUGAUUGAAUUGCUCUUGUGAUGUGCUCAUAAAGGGGAAUAUAGGUAAUAAUCCCCGCUGUUUGUAUGAGUUUUGAAAUAGUACUUGUACAUCUACCACUGCCAAGGUGUGUUUCAGCA